AAAAGUCCUAAGAAUAAACAUCAAUGUUUUAGUUACCACCUCACCACCGGACCACUUCAACAGCUUUUCGGCCACCUGUAUUUCCAAAUUUUAGUUUUUUUAUUUGUAAUUCUCCACAAAAAAAUUCAAAAUGACACGAUUUGGGUUUUUUGCCGAUCCCUCCUUGGAGGUGUACGUCAGACGACGGCAACUGAUUGAUGCGUUCGCGAAUAUGAUCAAGCAAAUAGACAGAGGGUGCUGCGUGCGACCGCUGCCGUGCUUCCCGUUCCCGAACCCGCCCAACUGCCCGCCGUGCCAGCCGAGCGCGGUGCUGACGUGCAAGCCGCGCUGCUGCCCGCCGCCGUGCUGCCCGCCUUACCCGUGCCCGCCGGUGCUGUGCCCGCCGUGCCGGCCCAAGCCGCGCUGCUGCCCGCCCAAGGGCUGCCUGCCGUGCACGGCGCCCACGUGCCCCAGCAACCAGGUGUGCGUCAAGCCGCCCCCCUGCCCGCGGCCCUCGUGCACGCCGCUCUGCAUGCCCGUCUACGCGCCGCGCGCUCCCAGGGUGCCGUGCGUCGACCAGCGGCCCCGCAUCGUCAACGUCGCCGUGCACGAAGUCCGGCCCAGCUCCGCCCUCAAGUUCGUCUACUUCAACACAGCUCCCGGGCUGGACUUUUGCCAGCAGCCGCUUAAACUCAGCUAUUGCUGCUGUCGAGCCACUAGGAUUCACGACUGGGUGCAGUGAGUCUGUUCCAAACGACUGUCGUCAUUUGCGAACGAGAAGAUAUCGUGUGAAUAAUAUUUGGCAAUUGUAUUUUGUGUAUUAACGUAAGUAGAAGCGUAUGUUUCGUGUGGAGAAUAAAGUAAAUUUUGAAGUGCGUCCACUAGCA